GUGUUUUGAGUGAGUGGCAAGGGUAGUGGCCAAUGAAAAAGAGCAGCAAGUAAGGUUUCUUGGGUUUGUUUGGGCCGUAUUUUCGGAGGCGUGGCAGCUGAUGUCACCAACAGAGGGGGAGAGCGUGGAGAGGAUUAGUUGGAAGUGGUCUCCGACUGAAACCACUUGGUGCGGUUAAACCCGAAGACAUUGCCAAAACGCGGAAGGUACAGAAUACAUGCAGAAGAGAACAAUUUUAAUGGGAGCUAAACACCUUGGAAGUGUAACAGUCGGUGCUUGACAAGUUAAUGCUUUUAGAAAGAAAGGGAAUUACAUACUCUGGUGAAAGCGACAAACCCCACACGCCUUUUCUGGAUAUCUUCAAAUGAGAAUGGGGUGGGGUAACCUAUGAUAAGUUCAGGCUAAGUUAGUGUAAGUGCGGGGGCAAGAAGAGUAUUGUCAUUUGAUAAACCAGUUUCCCAACGGACGGUGGCUGACAUAUUUUUGGGUGGCACCGGGAGACUAGACUGAAAGAGUGCGUACAGACUACGGCAAGUUCGGGUUACUCCAACUUUCAUUCUACGUCUAAGGCGCUUAUCUUCUUCGUCUUAGGCACAAACCUACUGCCAAGAUGCCGGUCUUCCACACAAAGACUAUAGAGAGCAUCCUGGAGCCGGUGGCCCAGCAAAUCUCGCACUUGGUCAUUAUGCAUGAGGAAGGCGAAGUAGAUGGCAAAGCAAUUCCGGAGCUCACUGCUCCAGUAGCGGCUGUGCAGGCGGCAGUCAGCAAUCUAGUGCGGGUUGGUAAAGAAACUGUUCAGACCACUGAGGAUCAGAUCAUGAAGCGAGAUAUGCCUCCUGCAUUCAUCAAGGUAGAAAAUGCCUGUGCUAAGCUUGUUCAGGCGGCCCAGAUGCUGCAUGCUGAUCCAUACUCCGUACCAGCCCGUGAUUACCUUAUUGAUGGGUCUAGAGGAAUCUUGUCUGGCACUUCAGAUCUUCUCCUAACAUUUGAUGAAGCUGAGGUGAGAAAAAUUAUCCGAGUCUGCAAAGGGAUCCUGGAAUAUCUAACAGUUGCUGAAGUGGUAGAGAGCAUGGAGGAUCUUGUCACUUACACUAAGAACUUAGGCCCUGGGAUGACUAAGAUGGCAAAGAUGAUUGAUGAACGUCAGCAGGAGUUAACCCAUCAAGAACACCGUGUGAUGCUUGUAAAUUCCAUGAACACUGUGAAAGAUCUUCUGCCAGUCCUAAUUUCUGCAAUGAAGAUAUUCGUGACUACUAAAAAUUCACGUAGUCAAGGAAUUGAAGAGGCUUUAAAGAACCGCAACUUUACAGUAGAAAAAAUGAGUGCCGAAAUUAACGAGAUCAUUAGAGUAUUGCAACUCACUUCCUGGGAUGAAGAUGCUUGGGCCAGUAAGAAGGACACUGAGGCCAUGAAAAGAGCAUUGGCUCUGAUUGAUUCUAAGAUAAACCAAGCAAAGGGUUGGCUUCGGGAUCCUAAUGCUCCUCCAGGGGAUGUUGGGGAACAAGCUGUGCGCCAGAUACUAGAUGAAGCUGGAAAGGUUGGUGAGCUUUGUGCUGGAACAGAACGGAAGGACAUCCUGGGCAUCUGCAGGACUUUAGGGCAAAUGACUGAUCAAGUGUCUGACCUAAGAGCUAGGGGACAAGGUGCUACUCCCAUUGCCAUGCAAAAAGCUCAGCAGGUGUCUCAGGGCUUGGAUGUCCUAACAUCCAAAGUAAAGAAUGCAGCUCAUAAGCUGGAAGCACUGACUAAUUCUAAGCAGGCUAUUGGCAAGAAGAUUGAUGCAGCUCAGAGCUGGCUGGCAGAUCCAAAUGGAGGCCCAGAAGGAGAGGAAAAUAUUCGUACUAUUCUUGCUGAGGCUAAGAAGAUUGCAGACUUAUGUGAAGACCCCAAAGAUAAAGAGGAUAUUUUACGUUCUCUAGGAGAGAUAGCAGCUCUAACUGCCAAGCUCACUGAUCUCCGUCGACAGGGAAAAGGAGACUCUCAUGAAGCUCGUGCUUUGGCCAAACAGAUUGCAACUUCUUUACAGAAUCUGCAGACCAAGGUGAAUCGUGCUGUGGCCAACAGCCGCCCUGUAAAGGCUGCUGUGAACAUGGAAGGAAAGGUGGAACAGGCCCAACGCUGGAUAGAUAACCCAAGUGUAGACGACAAGGGUGUUGGUCAGGCAGCUAUCCGGGGUUUGGUGGCAGAAGGUCGUCGGUUAGCAAACUCCAUGAUUGGGCCUUUCCGCCAGGACAUGAUGGCAAAAUGUGACCGUGUGGAGCAGCUGGCAGGGCAGCUGGCAGAGCUUGCAUUACGUGGUGAGGGUGACACACCACUGGCUCAGGCUGUAGCAGCUCAGCUUCAAGAAGCACUCAAGGAUCUAAAGGGGAAAAUGCAGGAAGCAAUGACUCAAGAGGUGUCUGAUGUUUUUAGUGACACAACAACACCCAUUAAACUUUUAGCUGUUGCAGCAACAUCUCCUUCUGAUACCCCCAACAGAGAUGAGGUUUUUGAAGAAAGGGCUACAAACUUUGAGAGCCACUCAGCACGUCUGGGCGCUACUGCUGAGAAGGCAGCUGCUGUAGGAUCAGCUAAUAAAGCAACUGUGGAGGGAAUACAAGCUGCUGUGAAAUCAGCAAGGGAGCUUACUCCUCAGGUUGUUUCUGCUGCUCGCAUCCUACUGCGCAACCCAGGUAAUCAAGCAGCCUAUGAGCACUUUGAAACUAUGAAGAAUCAGUGGAUUGACAAUGUGGAAAAAAUGACUGGCUUGGUAGAUGAGGCAAUUGACACCCGGUCUCUAUUGGAUGCUUCUGAAGAAGCCAUUAAAAAAGACAUAGAUAAGUGUAAAGUUGCCAUGGCUAAUAUGCAGCCACAGAUGCUAGUCGCUGGGGCUACUAGUAUUGCCCGCCGUGCUAAUCGCAUUUUACUAGUGGCAAAAAGGGAAAUGGAAAACUCUGAAGAUCCCAAGUUCCGUGAUGCUGUAAAAAAUGCUUCAGAUGAGCUCAGUAAGACCAUCUCCCCUAUGGUGAUGGAAGCUAAAGCAGUUGCUGGAAACAUCUCCAAUCCUGCCCUACAGAAGGGUUUCUUAGACUCUGGAUACCGAAUUUUGGGUGCUGUGGCCAAGGUUAGGGAAGCUUUUCAGCCUCCAGAGCCAGAAUUUCCACCACCACCUGAUCUGGACCAGCUUCGGCUUUCUGAUGAGGCUGCCCCUCCAAAGCCACCAUUGCCAGAAGGAGAAGUUCCACCGCCUAGGCCACCACCACCUGAGGAAAAGGAUGAGGAAUUUCCAGAGCAGAAGGUGGGGGAGGUGGUGAAUCAGCCAAUGAUGGUGGCUGCAAGGCAACUGCAUGAUGAGGCACGAAAGUGGUCCAGCAAGUCACCUGGAAACUCUGACUACCCUGCUCCACAGGGUAGAGAAGCCGUUGUAUCUGAGGUAGAGCAGGAGCAAGAGGAGGAGGAGGAGGAGGCGUCAGUGGAAUUUGCCCUCUCCUCUGAUAUUGAAGAUGAUUAUGAGCCAGAGCUGCUCUUAGUGCCUGAGGGGCAACCUGUAAACCAGCCAAUGCUGGCGGCUGCUCAGUCUUUGCAUCGGGAAGCCACAAAAUGGUCCAGUAAGGGUAAUGAUAUCAUUGCAGCUGCAAAGCGCAUGGCACUACUUAUGGCAGAGAUGUCACGACUUGUCAGAGGUGGCAGUGGUAAUAAGAGGGCCCUGAUCCAGUGUGCUAAAGACAUUGCAAAAGCCUCAGAUGAGGUGACAAAGCUAGCAAAAGAAGUGGCUAAGCAGUGUACAGACAAAAGGAUACGAACAAACUUGCUUCAGGUAUGUGAGAGGAUUCCAACAAUUAGCACACAACUGAAAAUCCUUAGUACAGUCAAAGCUACAAUGUUAGGAAGAACCAAUAUAAGUGAUGAAGAGUCUGAGCAGGCAACAGAGAUGCUUGUCCAUAAUGCACAAAACUUGAUGCAGUCUGUGAAAGAAACUGUGAGAGAGGCUGAAGCUGCUUCUAUUAAAAUACGGACAGAUGCUGGGUGUACACUACGCUGGGCCCGAAAAACUCCAUGGUACCAGUGAUUAUUUUCUGGAUAUACUACACCCACCUCCCCCAAUAUAUAAAGCACACCUUAGACACUAUAAGAAGAUAUAUCAUCAUGUAUCAGUUACUUUUUUUUUUAUGUGAGCCUUAACAUCACUAGACCUGUUUUUGUGUAAUGUUUAUUUUUUUUUCUAGCCAGAUCUUGCCUGUUGGCUAGUCAGCAUUCUCUACCCCGUUUUUAAGGGUUAAAAUACAAAUUACAUUUUAAAAACAAAUUUGUAACAGAUCACAUUUGUGUACGUUAAAAUAUACCUUAUCUGUGGGGAAAAUCUUGUCCUUUUACAAUGUUAGCUCUCCUGAUCUACAUUUUAAGACUGAAUAUUACUCAACACACAGCACUGGCUUUAUAUCCUGUUUAGCACAAUAUUCCAGCAUUUGCAACACUAUCUCCAGCUUUGCAACACUAAAAUGUUUUAUCUGUGACAUAAGCCUUUACUUUAUAUUUUGGUGCUUCCUUCAUGCCUCAGGAACAUCUUAAACUAUGCAGAAAAGCAUUUCUUACAUCCGGGGUCCCCAGACUUUUUUACCCAUAAGCCACUAUCAAAUGUAAAAAGAGCUGGUGAGCAGCACAAGCAUGAACAAUGUUCCCAGGGGUGCCAAAUAAGGGCUGUAAUUGGCUUUUUGGUAACCCCUAGGUGGAAUGGCAGCCUACAUGAGACUCUGUUUGGCAGUACACCUGUUUUUUAUGCAACUAAAACUUCCAAAUCAGGAAUUCAAAAAUAAGCACCUGCAACCACUGGGAGCAAAAGGUAACCCAUGGCAACCAAUCAGUAUUUGUUUUCAAAGAGAUGACCUGUAAAUGGAACCUGCUGAUUGGUUGCUAUAUGUUAUCAGACAAGUAGCAAACUUAGUACCUUUUUUACAUUACUCUUUAGUGCUUAUUCUAUAGCAUCUUUCUAGAUGUUGCUGAACUAGAAUUACAAACUCACAAAAUAUUACAGAAAGUCCAGAAUAGGUCAUAUGACCAUUACAGUACAAGAAGAUAGUUAUGUUAAUUGUGAAGGAUCAGAAAGACUGCAGAGUUUAUAUAAUUUCUUAAGUAUAUGUUUUUAAACAAAACACACCAGUGCUAUUAAAGAGGAGUUGAUUUAGAAGCAUUUCAUUGCAUGUGUCAGUGUUUAUUUAAUCAAAAAAGUUACACUGAAUGUACUAAAUAUAUCAUUUUACUCUGGGAUCUAAAUUUUUUUCAGUAAACAAUUGUCAUAGACUAUUUAAUAGUCUUAAAGUAAACCUAAUUGUGCCUGAAUAUUUUCAUAUAACUUGUAUUAAUAAUUUUAUGCUUUAGAGGGUUACAAAUAAUUUACUAUAAGUGCACUGAGAUCAGUUAUUAGCAGUGGCUAUUGUGUUAUUUUUUUAAACAUAAUUUACUUAUAAAUCUGUUAAUUUAAUGAGUGAAUUCCUGGAAAGCAUAAAGUGGGAAUAUCUUAUACAUGCAUUGCUAGAAGGCACUUGUAAUGGUAAGAUUUACCUGUAAUUUAAGCAUCACUUCAAUUUUAAUAUACAGUCUUUAUGGUUAUAUUUUUCAUGUCCGAAUAAAACCAUUUUUCCUUUGCAUGGGUUAAGUAAGAAAGGUUUGUCUCAAACAUCUGGAGGAUUGGAUUAGCAAUGCUUCCAAAAUUACCUUGUUUAAAGAAUAUUUCCUCAGAUUGGAGCAAUUAUAUUUAUUUUUGUUUAGUUUGCUUAGCAGACAAACCAUGGAGAUUUUGCCAAAUGUACAUAAAUGAAAAUUUUACAAAAGCUCACAUAAAGGGUACCUAAAUCUAAUAGUUUAAGCUCAUAAUGACAUCAGACAUACACUAACCUGUCAGUUUCAUUUGGUACAUAUGUUUCAAAUGCCAAUAAUGCCUUUAAAAAGACAAUAAAAGCUGCACACUGGGUGUCUUGCAACACCGUAGCCCCUCAACCCCCCUUGUGAGACUAAUCACUUAACCUUUUACCACAAGCCGACAAUUCUCCUUUUUUAAAAAAAAAAAAAAAAAAAAAAAAACUGCAUGAGUCUGGGGAAAGAUUGUGCAGGAUGGCUCUCACUUCUUUUCCCAGCUUUUCUGGCAUCCUUGCACAAGAUCAGGUUUAUUUUAUUUUUUUAAAUUCUAUACUACUCAGGCACAAAGCCUAAAGCAUGAUUUAGGGAAUGCCUGGGAAGCUGAGGAAAGAUGGUUGUAGCUUGCCCUGCAGAAAACUACUCCUGCCCUGUGCAUUUUUUUUUUUAAGAGGAGGAGUUGGCGGACCAUAUUAGCGAUUAGAGUCACUGAGGGCCUAUCAACUUGGGACUUCUAGUGACUGAGGCUUUUCAUGUCCUUUAACCUAUGCACACCUAAAAUUUACACCAAAGAACUUCUCUCUGUUAUUGCACAGCCAGCCAAGUUAAUAUUUUGUAUAUUUUGUUAAUUUUGGAAUGCUAUGUUUGUAGUCAACUAUCAAAGAUCCUGACCAUCUAAAGGUGUCCAUUUCAAAUAAAAUUUACCUCUGUUUUCAAAAGUAUCCAAUAAAGGACUGGCUACCUAUUUUAAAAAAAGCAUUGGUUUUAUCAGGGCUGUCAUGACUUUUUGUUUGUGUGGGCCACAUAUAUGUAAACAUAAAGAGUAUUUCAAGAGACAGAUGAAGCCCAAAUAUAUUAUGCUUCACAGCCAGCAUUACAUUUUGCCUGUCAUUUUUCUUUUUAAUGUACUAUAACAUAUUAUCCCUUAACUGCUCUAUCAAUAUUUAGUGAACUCAAAUAUCUCAAAAGGCAAUAAUAAAAACAUGUAUUCAACUUUAA